AUGAUUUUGAAGCCCAAGUCACCUCCGCGGCCACUCACUAGCAACACCACCCUCCCUGAGUUAACCUCCCUGAGUUUGCUUUCACACACCAUGCUGUACCUCUUUUAUCCAGCAGAGGACAGUAGUGCAUCACAGUUAUUGCAGAAAGCAUGCAGGCUAUUAAUCCUGUGAUUGUUAGGUACUAAAAAAUAACAAUGUCCCAGGAUUGUAAACAAACUCUGGGUAAAAGCCAGCUCUGGGCAAAAUGCUGGAAAAGGAGAUUUAUUUAGGCAACUGCUUUGCUCUGCUGUCCAACCUCUCCCAUCAAGAGUCCCUGAGAGAUGUCAUCCUGCCCAAAAUGCCCUCUUUCAGCUUUGGCCUCCUGGCAGUCUGAUCUUCCCUAAUUUUUCCAUCCCCCAAGUUUCGUAGCACCCUGUAAGGUCAUGCAACAUCCUCGUGGCCUUCUGAGUCCAGGCUUUAUGUUCAGCCUUCCACUUUAGCUGCCUGGGAUGGUCAGGCUCCGACCCUCUCCUGUAUAUUCCACAAGGUGAGAAACGGUGAAUGCAAUCCAUGCUGAAUCAUCAUGUUUAGGAGAAAUGGGAUAUAAACUCCUAAUCACACACCCCCUUCUCAGGUUUCAUGCAGUUUUCUGAAGCCCUGUCUUACCUACUCCCCCCAACCUUCUUCACAGACCUGUACCUGUGCUUCUUAACACAGAUGCAAUACUGCCUGGCUUCACCUCCUCAGAGGUGAAGUCAUUUUUAUGAGGCCACAGACCGAGAGAAGUUUCCUUCACCAUGCAUGUCUAGGUCUGAAAGUAGUUAAAACACUCUAUUAGGGGUAUCAUAGUGUGCCCUUCUGGGAAAGAAAGGCAUUUGACCAGAAGGCACUGCCCCAAUGGGAACAGGUGCCAUAAAGGACAAGAAACUUAGGAAGGACUCACCCUUUCCAAGCCCUGCAGGCUCUUUCCCUACCCAGCCCAGGGAACACAGACCCAAGUGCAACUCUGCACUGAGUCCAGGGGGGCUCUUCCAAGUGUAUCCUAAUGCCAUGGAUUUACUUUAAUUAAGAGAAAGGGUGGUGGCAGGGUUGGGGGGGGGGAUAGAUCGUAUAACUAGAAACAGUGUAAGUUUAUCAUGAAGAGUCAGCAAGGAUCGUGGUUUCCAGUGAUUCUGAGGCUGAACUUGCCAUCUUGAAAUAUUCUCCCAGUGGCUGACUUCUGUCAAAUGAGGGGAAAAAAAAAGCAAAACCUAAAAGUUGAGAAUUAUGUUUUAUUCGGUGGACUUUUUGAGGACUCAAACCAGGAAGACAGCCUCUCAGCUCCAAGCAACAACCAUAAAGAGGCACCUUACCAUCCUGGACCAGUAUCCUGCUUUUCUCCAUCCUAAAUCCCCUCAGCAUGCACAGCUGUGGAUGACUUCUGUGACUGAUGGCUUAAUGGCUGCAACAUCUUUUCAUUUACUGAUAUGGCAGGUGACAUCCUUUGUCCACACUGCCCUUCUAGAAAACAGCAUUUCAUAGAAGCCAGACGCUGGGCUACAGGAAUGGCUAUGCAGUUGUUCGACGUCCAACAGUUGGGAUUGGCGGGAACAGGCUCCAGGUCAACCAGCUGUCCCAGGCUGAUCUGGACGAGCUGGCCAACAGCAUCCCAAUCCUCACGUAUGGACAACCCAGGCAGGCCCCGCCUGCAGCGUUUAUUCCUGCGCAUGUGGCUUUCGACAAAAAGGUGCUUAAAUUUGAUGCCUAUUUCCAAGAAGAUGUUCCUAUGUCAACUGAGGAACAUUACAGGAUCCGCCAAGUACACAUUUACUACUAUCUAGAAGAUGACAGCAUGUCUGUCAUAGAGCCUGUUGUGGAAAACUCUGGGAUCCCUCAAGGAAAGUUAAUCAAACGCCAGCGCCUCUCCAAGAAUGACCGGGGAGACCAUUACCAUUGGAAAGACCUAAACCGAGGGAUAAACAUCACAAUUUAUGGCAAGACUUUCCGCAUUGUUGACUGUGACAAGUUCACACAGGUAUUUUUGGAAAGUCAAGGAAUUGAGCUAAAUCCCCCAGAGAAGAUGGCACUCGAUCCUUACACUGAACUCCGGAAACAGCCUCUCCGUAAAUAUGUGACCCCAAAGGACUUUGAUCAACUCAAGCAGUUUCUCACCUUUGACAAACAGGUUCUUCGAUUCUAUGCCAUCUGGGAUGACACAGACAGCAUGUUCGGUGAAUGUCGGACCUACAUCAUUCAUUACUAUCUUAUGGAUGACACGGUGGAAAUUCGAGAGGUCCAUGAACGGAAUGACGGGCGAGAUCCCUUCCCCCUCCUGAUGAACCGCCAGCGCAUGCCCAAGGUUUUGGUGGAGAAUGCAAAGAACUUCCCUCGGUGCGUGCUGGAGAUCUCUGAUAAGGAGGUGUUGGAAUGGUACACAGCCAAAGACUUCAUCGUCGGGAAGCCGCUCACUAUACUCGGGAGAACUUUCUUCAUUUAUGACUGUGACCCAUUUACUCGGCAGUAUUACCGAGAAAAAUUUGGAGUCUCCGAUUUACCACGCAUUGAUAUGAGCAAGAAGGAACCCCCUCCUAUGAAACAGGAGUUGCCUCCCUAUAAUGGUUUUGGCCUAAUUGAAGACUCUGCUCAAAAUUGCUUUGCUCUCAUUCCAAAAGCUCCCCAAAAAGAUGUUAUUAAAAUGCUGAUGAACGAGAACAAGGUGCUUCGUUAUUUGGCCACACUGGAGUCCCCCAUCCCAGAAGACAAAGACCGCCAGUUUGUCUUGUCUUAUUUUCUGGCCACUGACAUGAUCAGUAUCUUUGAGCCUCCUGUUCGCAAUUCUGGUAUCAUUGGGGGCAAGUAUCUCGGCAAAACUAAAGUUAUCAAACCAGAUUCCUCGGUGGAAAACCCUGUAUACUAUGGCCCCAGUGACUUCUUCAUUGGUGCUGUGAUUGAGGUGUUUGGCCACCGGUUCGUCAUCCUUGAUACAGACGACUACGUUUUGAAAUACAUGGAGAGCAACGCUGCCCAGUAUUCACCAGAAGCACUCCUGUCGAUUCAGAACCGCAUUCAAAAGCAAGAGGCUCCCGCACCAGAAUUGGAUGGCCAGCGAGCGGAAGAGGAACCGGAUGUGCAGGACAUGGAGGCCCUAAUAGACACGAUCCAGAAGCAACUGAAAGAUCGCCCGUGCAGUGACAACAUCCGUGAGGCCUUUCAGAUCUAUGACAAGGAAGCUUCAGGAUACGUGGACAGGGAGACGUUCUUUAAAAUCUGUGGCUCUUUCCAACUCCCAGUUGAUGACUCCUUGAUUAAGGAGCUCAUCAGAAUGUGCUCUCAUGGAGAAGACAAGAUUGACUACUAUAACUUCGUCCGUGCUUUCUCCAGCUGACCUGCUGAGAACAGAACACAGCACAGUAUGUUGACUUUGAGCCUCCAUCUACCUGUACUCCUCAUAGAGGCAUUUACAGCCUUCUUGAAAUUCCAUUUCUAUUUUGAUUCUUAUAUUCCACUACCACUGAAGUCUAAAUUAAAUUGGAUCUUGUAGGAGC